CACUUCACAGUUCACAAAGGUUACCCCCCACCUCGCCCGCGCGCGGUGGUUCGUGUUAGUCCAGUCACAGUCACACAGCAGCCGUUUCUCUCUUCUCUUCUCUCCCCCGGAGGGGAUGGCCGGUCGCCGGAGCAGCCUCUCCAUGGUCGCGUCGCACCGGCUGUUCGCGCCCGCGGUGCACCCUGUGGGCGGCGCAGCCGCAGACCAUGGCGUGGAGCUCGACGAGGCCGACGUCAUCUGGGGCGGCGGCGGCCAGACGUCGUCCUCUCCGUCGUCGUCGUCGUCGUUCCUGUCCUCCGCGGCCGACCCGUACGCGCGGUCGCCGCCGGUGGCCGCGCCGUCGUCCAAGCAGAAGCCGCGUGGCGCGGGUGGCGCUCCGGCUCCGGGGCCGGCGUCGGUGCCCGUCAACAUCCCGGACUGGUCCAAGAUCCUGGGCGCCGAGUACGCCGGGAGCUGCGCCGCGGCGCGCGCGGCCGGGUGGGCGGCGCACGACGACCGCGCGGACUUUUUCACCGACGACUGCGGCACCGGGGGCCGGCGCUGGGUGCCACCCCACGAGGUGGUGCAGGGCCGGGAUCGCGCGGCGGCGUCUUUCUCCGUGCGCGAGGGCGUGGGACGCACGCUCAAGGGCCGCGACCUCCGCCGCGUCCGCAACGCCAUCUGGGAGAAGACCGGCUUCCAGGACUGACCGACCGGUGUCAGCCUCAGCACCGUCGCCGGUCGCCGCCCACCUUUGACGGCAAUGCCUGCCGCGGCGGCCUCGUUGAUCCCGUUCUCGCCUUGAGGAGGAAGAGAGGAGGAGCUUUCGCUUGAUUAGUGUGGCCUUAAUCCUUCUGGAUUAAUUCUUCGACGAGUUCUUUUUUCUUUGUUGUAUUUUGGUUCUUGUCGUUCUAGUCGUGAUCGCUGAGGAAGAGAGUAGAGAUUAGAAGCCUCUGUUUUUGGCAUUUUUUUCCCGGAGAGGCUCCGUCGAUGUACUACCACUAUUAUUAAAAUUAAUUCAUCUUGAUUACUACUAGUAUUAAUUA